UGCUGCUGAUAAAAUCAACAUCAUCAUGGCAGAUGAUGAUGAAAACAUGAAAAAAAAUCCCAUUUCAUGUGUAUCAACCAAUCAAACUGUAAAAUUGACAAAUCGUUCCGAUGAACAACAACAACAACAAUCGAUCCACUCAUCAAACGGUGAACAUAUCCUGAAGCUAUUUGGUUAUGGUAAAUCAUUGGGACAACGAAAAUAUCGUAUCCAUCUUCAACAAUUAUGGUCACAAAUGUUGGAAUAUGUUUUAGCCAUACGACAGCAAUGUUCGAAUGUUCAUCAUCAUUACAAUGAUAAUCAUUAUUCUUCUUCUCAAUUAUAUCAAGUCUCAUUGGCUACGAUUCUAAAUGAAUUUGCACAAUUAAAGAUUCAACAUGACCAUAUGAUGGCCAAAUGUGAAGGUUUAGAAUCACAAUUGGAACAGGCUAAUUGUCGUGCAGAAUUUCUUGCACAAGAAGUAGAUGAACAACAUUUACGUUUGGAAAAUGCUUCAAAGGCAAAGUUGGCUAUAUUGGAGAAAAAAUAUCAGGAUCAGAUACGAUUGAUUGAGAUGGAUUUUUCGCGUGAAAAAGAAAUUAUGAUCAUACAAUCAUGCCAUCUGCGACAAGAUAUUGAUAGACAAAUGAACGCCGUACAAGAACAAUUAUCAAAAUUUCGUUCAAAUAUUAAAAUACUGGAAGAGGAGAAUAAACGCCUGGAAACUGAUUGUCAGCUAAUGAAAUGCCAGAAUAAUGAAUUGGUACAGAAUUUUCUGGAUAUACAACGUCAUGUUGAAGAAUCUGAUCAUCUAAAUGCAAAAAUUGCCGAAUUAGAAUCGAUGGAAAAUGCACAGGAUCGCAAGAAUCUCGAACAAUUAGGAAAUGAAAUGAAAAAAUUAAAAGAACAGAACAAGCAAUUACAAGAUCAGAAUGAUGAAUUGUUAAUAGAAAAAGAAUCGUUAAGACAACAGCUGGCUGCAUUUAUUUUGGCCUCAUAUCAACAUCAACAUAAUUCUAACCAACCAAGUCAACGACAACAGCCAACGAUGGCAACAACAGUAACAAAUCAAUCAUCGAUCUUUUCAUCAUCAUCAUUUACACCAGAAUCAAUUAUGAUGGCUCCCACUGCUGAAAUAAUGAUGAUGAUAGAGUCUGGUACAUUGCCUAUCGCUGGAUUCUCUACUACAACUGGACGAAGUAAAAAAAGAAAAAGACGUCGACGCAGAAAAAAGAAUAAGAAUAAAACUUUGAAUAAUACACAAAUAGAAACGAAUACCACUGAAAAUAGUCAAAUCAACAAUGAAAACAAAAACCAUGAAGAUCAAGAAGAAUACGAUAAACGGAAAAAACACGAUCUUAUUGUUGAUGUAUCAUCAAAAGAAUCGGAAAAUGAAAUUUCAGUUGAAUUAAAAACUAAUCCAAAAUUAACGAAUUGUCAUCCCCCAUUAUCAUUGUCACAACCAUUAGCGAAGCAGUCGAAUAAUAAUGGACCGGAAGAUGAUCACUCAUCGACAUUCUCGACAAUCACAACUCAUGGCGAUGAUUUUGACGACGACGAUGAUGAUAUGGAUGAUGAUUAUGACGAUUUUAGUCACCAGACGGAGUUACUUUCUUCAUUGACAUUACAACAGCGUCAUAAACGAAUUAAACAACCAACUUCAUUAGAUGAUGAUAGGUAUGAAGAGGAAGAGGAAAAACUUGACGACGACGAUGAUGAUGAUGAUGACGAUAAUCUACAGACUUUGAUACAUCAUCCUACAUCAACAUCCUAUAUGCGUAGUCUAUCUGAUGAAAUAAAUUUCGACAGAAGUCGACCAGUUUUCGCCAAUCAACCAGUCGUCAAUCAAUCAUCAUCAUUGGAACAUAAUUUGCAAAUGAUUUUGAAUCAAAUGCUAAAUGAUAAUCAUCAUCCGAAAGAAAAUGAUGAUCAAAUAAAUUUUUCAUCAAAAAUUUUCGAUAACAAUGAAACAAUUUUAAGACGAGCAUUACAACGUAUUGAAAAUGCAUUAAAUCAAAUUCAUUCUAAUGACCAGUCAAUUAAAAUGGACAAACAACAACAAUCACAACCACAAUCACGAUCAUCAUCAUUACAGCAAGAUUUAUGUUUUUCAAUUGAUCAUAAUAAUAAUCCUAAUCCUAAUCCUAAUUAAUACGAUAAGCAUGAUAUUUUUAUUUGAUUCAUUUACGAUAAACUUUGAUAAUAUUCAAUCCAUUCAUUCAUUUUUUGUGGUUUUAUUGCUCGGUAACCGAGUACAAAUUUCAUUAUUGCAUUAUAAUUUGUGUUGUACAAUAAAAGAAAAUAAUAAAACAAAAAAAAACUUUAGUUUCUCAUCAUAAACAUCUUUAUGUGUUUUUUUUUUU